CUUUAUUGAGCUAGAUUUUAUUUAACUUUAUGAAAGUGUUAAAUGAGAAUUUCACAUAUUUAAUAAAUUUAUUUAAGGUCAAAGAAGUUAAUUCUGUCUGGAUACAGACCCGUUGCAUGAUGGGAUUUGUAAACUAAUGGCGGCGAAGGGCACCAACAAUGGGGUGAACAUGUUUUGAUGAUAACUUGUAUACAAAUGGAUACGCAGAAUUCCCCCAGUCCUUCGCAGUUUAAAUUAUACUUUCAUGCAGCUCAAUUUACUAUACUUGGAUCAUGACUAUAAAACGAAAAGAUUUUCAAAAGGCUGCUGCCUUCUUACAUGAAUUUCUCCUAAAGCUGAAUGAGGAAUCAGAAUGUGCAGAACUCAGGGAUGUUCUAAAUUUAGCACUGCUACAGUUACAGAAAUACUAUCGGCAGCUGCAGAAUCGAUCACAAGACAAAAAUGUAACAACUUUAUCAUUAACUGCAAGAGGAUUAAGUCCUAUGACACCUUUUGUGGAUGCACCAGACAAAUUUCAAUGGAAAUGGCUAAACUUAGACAGUAUAAAAAAUAUAACUGGUGUGAGGACAGACGAAAGUAUGAACAUAACUGUGUUGCCUCCCCUGAUUGAUGCUACUAAACAAGGAGAUUAUCACACUGUAAAAGAGUUAAUAGCUGAUGAUCCAUCACAUGUUGAGGAAAGAGAUGGCACUGGACGUACACCUUUAUAUUAUGCUAUACAUUUUAAACACAUGGAAAUUUUACAUCACUUAUUGGAAAAUAGCUGUGAAGUAAACACUUCAGCACAUGAUGGAUCAACUGCCUUACACCAAGCUUGCCAUGAUAGUAAUCAUGUAGGACUUAGUUUGUUGCUACAGUGUGGGGGAGAUUUUACUAUCCAAGAUACACAAGGGAGAGCACCCAUACAUUGGGCAGUAACUACAAAGACAACAGAAUGUCUUAAGUAUUUGAUAGCCAACCAGGCUGAUGUCAAUGUACGAGACAAAGAUGGAUUGACCCCAUGUAUGUGGGCAUGUCGUCUGGAUCAUAUUAAACAUUUUGAACUAUUGACCUCAGCAAGAUCCUUCCGUCCAGAGGAGCAUGAUGGGAUUGAACGAGAUAAUGGUGGAAGGACUUGGAUGCAUUGGUCUAUUAGAAGAACGGAACCUCUGGAAUGUUUACAGACUUUACUGACUGCAGAAACAGCCACUAUACAAGAUGAAGAUGGCAAAACAGUAUUACUGCUAGCUGCUGAAAUGGGUUCCCUGUUAGCUUGCAAGAUAAUAGUUGAGAUUGGAGGCUAUAAUCGUGUGCACGACAGAGAUAAUCAAGAUAGAACUGUGUUACAUUUGGCAGCCAUUGGUGGUCAUGGUGAUGUGGUUAAUUAUCUGUUGGACAAGGGAGCUGAACUGGAGGCGAGGGAUAAGUUCAACAUUUCGCCAUGGGACUACGCCAAGAAUAAACAGUUACAUUAUUGUCAGUUGAUUAUAAUGUCACAUCAGAGACAGAGAUUAAAAAGUAAUCCCACAAGUCCUCUACCUAAUGGCCUCGGUCUGAGUCUUGGCAGUUUAAACGGGUACAUGAACGGUGAUGAUUAUGAUCACAUGAUUAAUACUCAAGACAGUUUUGAUAAUAUGCCAAUUACUCCACCUCAUCCUCCCAAACGACCAAGGACAGGGAGACAUCCAAUCAGAAGAUCCCAUAGUUUGACUUCUCCUGACAGAGGGCGCUCUUACAUUCCAGCAGACCAAGAAAGACUUAUUAUAAGUGCUGGUGGAGAUCUCCAACAAGGGAGAUCAUCCUUAACAAGUGACAGACCUAACUCCUAUUCUAAUAGAGAACAGUAUACAAGAAGGGAACCAGGGAGAGAAACAGGGAGAACAAAUGAAAGAAUAGAGGUUUCAUUAAAUCCCAGGCAAACCUCUGCAGAUGGCAGAAUACCUAGUGAACAUAGAAGGAGAGAUGAUAACAGAUUUGACCAUCCAAAUGGUCAUAGGCGGUCAGAUGAUAAUAGAUUUGACCAUCCCAAUGAUCAUAGACGGACAGAAGAUAACAGAUUUGACCAUUCAAAUGAUCAUAGGCGGCAGGAAGAUAAUAGAUUUGCCCAUCCAAAUGAUCAUAGGCAGACAGAAGAUAAUAGAUUUGACCAACCAAAUGAUCAUAGGCGGCAAGAGGAUAAUAGAUUUGACCAACCAAAUGAUCAUAGGCGGCAGGAUGAUAAUAGAUUUGACCAUCCAAAUGAUCAUAGGCGGACAGAAGACAAUAGAUUUGAUUCUCGGAGUGAUGAUCGAUUACACCAUUCAAACAAUAGAUUUGAAUCUUCUAGAGACAAUAGGUUUAAUUCUGAAGAAGGAUUAGACUCAGCAGAUGGUCGUUUUAAUUCAACUGUUGAUAGUGGAUUUCAUUCGAACGUUAAUAGACGAUUAAAUUCCACUGGGGAUGGACAUGACGACAGGAGAUUUAAUUCUGAAUAUGAAGUGCUAGACCGACCCAAUGAUGUUGAUAUGGAAGAUGAUAUUAGAUCCAAUCCAGAUGAUGACAUUGAUAAUGUCAGUGUUGGUGGAAUGGAUGUAUCAGAUAUCGAGGACGAUGAGAGAGGUCCUCCCAUGACAUCACGGAGGUCAGAUACAAGUGGGUCAGUGCACCAUCCUCGACCACCACCUAGAAAAAAUCAACAGAAAUCCUAUGCACAGCCUUUGGAGCCUCCAUACAGACAGCAAAGCUCAUCACAAGAUUAUAAUGAGUACCCAGAUGAUAGAAGGGAUAAUUUCCGUCAAAAUGAUGUUUUAAGUCGUUCUGAUGGAUUCUCAAAUAGCCGACAGGAUAAUUUUCCUAAAAAUAGAUCAAUGGAGUUCCCUGGCAACAAAUCUAUGCAACCAAAGCCUCCUUCAAAAUUUAACCAAAGAGUUAUUUCCCCUAAUUUCAAUCCUCCAUCAAACAGUAAUACUGACAACUUUCCGCCAGGAAAGCCUAGGCCAGCACCAAGGCAACCAAGUAUGCCUAAGCCACGCCCACCUCCACGAAGAACACCGUCCCCCACACAGCCUGGAUCUAGAGAUCAGAUAUACAGUCCACCACUGUCCAGUCAGAGCAAUCAUGGCAAUGAUUUACCUAUACAGAAACCAUCCCCUCCACCUCCAAUAGAUUCAAACAGACCAGAUUCUGGCUCUAAACCUCCAGGUGUUGUGGAAGGAAGACGUAUACCACCACCUAUGUUAAUGCCAUUAGAAAACGCACCAAAACCUCCAAUGCUAAGUAUCCUCGAUAGAAAGUCAGAAAAGAGGAAGAAGAGAAGAAAAAAGAAAGAAAGGGAUCAAGAAAGAGAGAGGGAACGAGAUAUGGAUCUGAAGUCUCCUCCAAUGGAUAUUGAACCUCCCAGGGGAUAUGCUGCCCCACUCCAUCCACCCCCCUCAGCAACAUCCCGACCUCCAAGGGCACAGUCUGGUGUUCCUGCUCCAAAGUUUUCCAAACAACCACCUCAGAGGCAUGAACAAAGAUUGGUUUAUGAGAGCAUGGAUGAAGAAAUAAAAGAUGAUUUUGAACCACCAAAAAUAAAUGGCCAUGCUGUUCCAAUAAAAGAAGGUCCUCCAAAAUCUGGAAAGCCAGUCCACCGGACACAGUCAUUGGAGAGUGAAGAUUUAGAAAUGGAAUUAAUUGGCCAGUCAUAUGAUACAAUAAAUGAAGAAGAUGAUCAAGCUGGGCCAUUGAUACCUCCACCUAAAGGAUUUGGAACUCCAUCUAAAUCUCCAUCGGGCAGACCACUCUCACAUUCUAUUCCACAGGACAACAGAACAGCAAGAAUGACUCCUACAAGUGCUAAACCUCCACUUCCGCAGUCUGGUAGAUCCAGUGGACAGUCAGGCCGUACCAGUGCAUCGUACCGAAGGAAAAGUCCUUCACCUCAUCGGAGAUCACGCCCACCUACAGGGGGACGUUCUAGCAGUACUUCAUCAUAGUUUUAUAAUUAGUUUUUAUAUUCCGUCCAUAUUACAAUGACUAGUCUGUAUAUGUUAUUUAUUUAUUUGUGUAUUACAGAAUAUUGGAAUUUCCUAUUGAAAUUCUUAAAAAAACUUAUUUAUUUAGUUAGCAUUUUCUUCUCAAAGUUUAAUAUGUUGUUUUAAAUCUACAUUCAGUUGUAACUAACCCAUGGUUCCACUAGAACUUAGAAAAGAAAUUAAGAAAAUGUGAAACCAAUUAAGGUUUCUUUUUUAAAGAAAUAACUGGAUUGUUUCCCUUUAGAUUAAUGGAAUUAGAUGGUAGUUGCAUCAUCAAAAUGAUGAUAGAAAAUAGGAGUUUUAAAAUGAAAGGAUUGUUUGUCCCUCUGUUUCAAAAUAACAAUCUUUUUUUAAAGACUAUAAUGAAUUGAGAGUUUGUAGAUAACAAAUUUAAAAAGAAAAUAUGUCCUUGUUUUUGAGAUAUAAUUCUGGGCACAUUUAGUCUUUCAAAAAGUAAGAAAAAAAAGCCAGGGGGUUAUUACAUUUUUGGGGGGGAUAUGACCUUUAUUGGGACUCUGGGAUCAGGUGUUUUUAAGCUCGGGAUUUCGGAAUUGACCUUUUCGGGAUCUGUGAAUUCUAUUUUUCGAUUUUUCGGGACCUCAGGAUUUCAUAUUCUAAAGCCUGGGAUUUCAGGAUUUUUGGAUUUUAAGCCCAGUAUUCAGGAUCAGGGCCCCUCCUAACCCCCCUCAUUUUUUUUAAAACUACAGCUAGGAUUCUGAAUCUGUUUCAAAUCGUUUAAAACAAGAGUAGCGAACAACCCUAAAUAAAAUUAAUUGAUAAAACAAUUAUUUCAUAACUUAAAAAAUAUGAUUAGUGUGAAUUUUGAACUAAAAUAUUGAAUAUAGUUUGGAGAAACAGUAGAAUCAGCAAAUUGCCAAUGUAAAUUUAUGGUUUGUAAAUGUGCUUUAAAUGUUAGAACAUUUAUAUUUUUAUACUUUGUUAAACUGUUAAAAUAUGUUUAAGAUUUAUAUGUUAUUUAUUUACAACCCAAUCUUUGUUAAAAGAGGAUAUAUAUAUAUAUACACACAAUUACACACAUACACUAAUAUAUAUGUACAUAUAGAUAAUUAUUUUUACUUUAAUUUUCUUGAAGGAAUUGUCAUACAGUUUUAAGAAGAAAAGUUGUAUUUUUUAGUAGAUAGUGAUUGUAACUUGAAAAAAAAUCUAGCUUGUAAAUUUAACUCUAAAAAAAUACUAUUUAUUUUACUCUUUUUAAAACAAAAAACAGAAGCUUUGGUUUUCAAGCUUUGUAAUUAUGAAUGGCUUUCUCUGGCUACCAUGUAUGUUUUAAUAAAGUCCCUUAUAAAGUAUUAAAAAAGAUAUUUAUGAAUUUUUCAGACACACUUUUACAUAAAGAAUAUUUAUAAAAACCUUGAUCAUGUCUAGGUUUUUUUUAAACCUGAUAUUUUUAUUUAAUGUGAUAUAGCACUGUAUAUAGAAGAGCACAUUUUCAUCUCAAUCAUCAUGUGCCAAAUACAAUUUUAAAGAGAAUUUUUUAAUCUUAUUUAAAUGCUUUUUUUUAGUACUGUUUUAAUGAAUCAAGAAAUGUGUCAAUUUUUUAAUGCCUUAAAUAUCAAGAAAAAGCUAAAAGUGAGAGAGAAAAAACUGUUUAGCCAACAGUGUACAGUCCUUUGUUCAGCAACACAAAAUCGUUUUGUUUUAAUCUAUGAUAGAAAUAGAACUGUACAAUGCAAAUUAACAUAGAACUACUUGAUAUAUUCCAUAAUGAUUGGAACUAUUUCCAUGGAAAGUUUUAUGAAAAAUAACAUUACAAUUGGUAGGUAGUUAUGAAAAUUUUGCAAGGAACAAAAGUUCUUUUAACAUUAUAGCUCUUAAUGAGAUAACAUAUAUUAAAAUAGAAAAGAUAUUUUCAUGCAA